GUGUAUGUGUGACUUAUGCUCAACUGCUACUCAACUCAACUACCUCAACGCAUUUCAGGCAAUCGCUUAGUAAACGAUCGCGAUUUUUGUUCUAAGAAAAGACAUCAUUCAGUUUUACAUCUGGAAAAUACCAAAAUGCGUACUUCAAUCAUCUUUGUCCUGGUUGCUCUGACUGCUAUCGUUGCUGCUGAUGCUCACAAGCUAAGAGGCAAUCAGGGAGGCCAGCAAGGCGGACAACAAGGUGGAUCCCAGGGUAGUCAACAAGGUGGCCAGCAGGGCGGCGCUCAGGGAGGUCCUCUGGGAGGUCCCCAGGGUGGUCCAUGGGGUCCUAACAACAGCACCACCACCACUGAAGCCAGCGAUACUGACAGUACCACAACCGAAGCCUCAACCUCAACAGUCGUUGCCGAUGAGACCACGACCGUUGCUACUUAAAUUCUCAAACCUACAGAAUAACUAUUUAUUCCUAAUAUACUAUCAGUUUAUCAUACCAUCUGGUUAUUAAUAAACACAAAUGUGUCUAUAUACUUCACACU